AUGUCGGAAAGAAAAGUUUUAAAUAAAUACUAUCCUCCGGACUUCGAUCCUUCAAAGAUCCCUCGUAUGAAGCUAGCCAAAAAUCGUCAAUAUACUGUUCGAUUAAUGGCUCCAUUCAAUAUGCGAUGUGCUACUUGUGGCGAGUACAUUUAUAAGGGCAAAAAAUUUAAUGCGCGUAAAGAGGAUGUAGAAAAUGAAGAUUAUCUAGGCAUAAGAAUUUAUAGAUUUUAUAUAAAAUGUACCAGAUGUCUUCAGGAAAUAUCAUUUAAAACAGACCCAAAGAACACAGAUUAUGAAAUAGAAGCUGGUGCCACCAGAAAUUUUAUGGCUUUAAAACUAGCUGAAGAACAAGCAAAGAAAGAAGAAGAAGAACAAAAGGAAGAAGAAGCAAACAACCCUAUGAAGUUACUUGAAUAUAGAACAGAACAGUCAAGACAAGAGAUUGAGGUACUUGAAAGUCUUGAAGAGUUAAAGGAGUUAAAUCGACGUCAGCACACUGUGGAUUACGAGAGCUUACUCAAGCAGUACCAACCUGAGACAACAGAAGAAAGGCUAAAGAGAGAACAGAAAGAAGAUGAUGAAUUUAUCAAAUCAGUUAAAUUCAAUAACAAAACCAAACACAAAAUUGUCACAGAAGAAAUAAUAGAAGAAGUAGAUGAUCAACCAAAAGUAAAACACCAAAAAAUUGAAAUAUUACCUACAAAAUCUACAGAUGUUAAGAAAAGUGAAUCAUGGAACAGAAGUAUAGGAGUAUCUAAGAAGCCCUUAAAUAAUCUAGUUAAAGCGAAGAAGAUUAACGAAGAAAAGGAGAAAGAGAAGCCAAGUCAAAGUGAGAGUUUAGUUAAAAGUGAAGUGAAAAGUGUUCCCACAGCGUCAGGACUCUCGUUGUUGGCGAGCUAUUCUGGCAGUGAUAGUGACUCACAG